ACAGGAAGAGUUUUCCUACGCGGGAUAUAUGCUUUAACACUAAACCGGAGGAAAACUAUGGCCGAUAAUGUGCUGGAAUCCGGCCCGCCUUCAGCUAAGAGGCCUAAAUUGUCUUCUCCGGCUCUGUCGGUCUCCGCGAGCGAUGGAAACGAUUUUGGCUCCCUGUUUGACCUGGAGCAUGACCUCCCGGACGAGCUCAUUAACUCCUCCGACCUGGGCUUUCCUAACGGGAUGGACCCCGGCCAGUUGCACACCACUCUGGGUGGAGGAGGGAUGUUGGGCCCUCUGGGCGGCUCGGGCCAGGACACAGCGGCCAAACACAAGCACCUGUCUGAGCUCCUCCGCCCUGGCGCCCCUCCAUCCACCUCCACGGCCACCAGCAACCCCGGUAACGCGCCCUCCUUGGGGAUGAUGGGAGGUCUGAGUGGUAACCUGGUUACUCAGGGACUGGGUGGCCCACAACAGCAGCAGCCUGGCAUGAUGCCGCAGCCUGGCAUGGUGGCGGGACUGAACCGGGGCAUGAUGGGCGCCCAGAAAGGGAACGGACAGCCGCAGGGCAUGAUGGGAGGGCAGAUGAUGAAUGGUGCGCCUAGAAUGGGCUACGCCAAUGUGAACAUGAAUGCGGGCAUGGUUGGUAAUGGGAACAUGCUGCCCGAUGCUCUGCAGCAGCAGAACGCAGGGCAGCAGAUGGCACAGGCAGCAAUGAGACCGCAGCAACCAGGAGCAGUGAACAAGAUGGGAAUGAUGGGUGCUCCAGGCCCCUACAGUAGUUCAUAUGGUCAGUGCGGAGGACAGUCCCUUGGGCCUCAGCUCCAAAACAAAGCGGGACAACCCAACAGCAUUAACCAGUUCAACAUGGACAAGAAACCUCAGCAUGGGCAGAACAUGGGUGGCAUGCAGAGCUCAGGUGUGGUGGGUGGCGUAUCGGGCCCAGGUGGGGCGGCGGCGCCCCCUGCAGCGGACCUGGAGAAGCGUAAACUCAUUCAGCAGCAGCUGGUGCUGUUACUGCACGCUCACAAGUGCCAUCGCAGAGAGCAGGCCAACGGAGAGGUCCGCCAGUGCAGCCUGCCCCACUGCAGAACCAUGAAGAAUGUCCUUAAUCACAUGACGCACUGUCAGGCCGGAAAAUCCUGCCAGGUGGGUCACUGCGCGUCCUCCAGGCAGAUCAUCUCUCACUGGAAGAACUGCACACGGCAUGACUGUCCCGUCUGUCUGCCGCUUAAAAGCGCUGGAGACAAAAGAAACCAGCAGUCUCUGCUGGGAGGUGCUGGGAUGGGCAUGGGUGGUCCGUUAGGUGGGUCAUUACCCGGUGGUCAGCCUUCAGCCCCAAACUUAAACUCACCCAGUCAGAUUGACCCAAGCUCCAUUGAAAGGGCGUACGCCGCCCUUGGACUCACCUACCAGGGCAACCAGGCAUCCAAUCAGAAUCAGCAGACCUCUGUACCCGCUCAACCCGGCAUGAGGACACUCAACAAUAUAGGUGGGAAUUCAAUGGGAGUGAACGGUGGAGUUGGCACUCCGAUGACAAGCCAGCAUCCAGGAAUGCUGCCUGACAGCAUGCUGCACAGGAACAUGACGCCUCAGAGUCUGAUGAAUGAUGGCUCUGGUGUUGGUAACGUGGGUUCUGCAGCAACAGCCACACCUCCUUCUGCAGGAAUGAGGAAGAACUGGCAUGAAGACAUCACACAGGACCUCCGCAAUCACCUCGUACACAAACUUGUGCAAGCUAUCUUCCCCACUCCAGACCCUGCAGCACUGAAGGAUCGGCGGAUGGAAAACCUUGUAGCUUAUGCUCGCAAAGUGGAGGGCGACAUGUACGAAUCUGCCAACAGCAGGGCGGAGUAUUACCACUUGUUGGCGGAGAAGAUUUAUAAGAUUCAGAAAGAGCUGGAGGAGAAGAGGAGAACCAGACUGCAGAAGCAGGGUAUGAUGCCAGCUCAGCCUGGCAUGCCCAACAGUGCUCUACCUCAAGCACCAGCUGGCAUGAAUCAGGCACAGCCGCCUAAUGGUCCCCAUUCAGAUCCGUCCCUAGUUCAAGCCACUGGACCCAAUCAGAUGGUCAACCGUAUACAGAAUCCUGCUGGUAUGGCACACUCCCUAAAUGGCAUGAAUCAGUUUGCCCAGGUGGGGAUGCAACAGCCAAUGGGACAAAGGGCAACGCUGCCCCUGCCAAUGGGAGCAAACCUCAAUCAGAUGGGUAUGCAGGGUACACCUCGAAUGACUCAACCCAACGUACCCCAGCUACAAAACCAGUACAUGCAGAACCAGUUUCCAGGCACGGGUGCCGGACUGGGCCAGGGUGCAGUUGGCCUGAACCAACCUGCAGGGCAGGGAGCCAUGUCACAGAAUCAGAUGCCCACUCCACCAUCGCUGGCAGUCCGUAGUCCAGUAGCUCAAACCCAGGCAGCAGUCUCAGGCUCCACAGCCGCUGCUGGCCCUCAGGGGCCUCCGUCCAACCAACCCCCACCCGCCCCACAGCCCGGACUGCACGCGCCCUGUCCUCCCUUACGCCAACCACCUUCAACGCAGCUGCCCCCGAUGGCACAGGGGGUGGGCUCAGAAAAAGCCAGUCAGCUCCAGCAGCCGUUGCAUGGGGGCGGAGCCGCUGGAGGCCCCCAAACAGGGCUAGCGUCAUCUGUGCCUUCCCAGAAUGCACACGGGCUUUGUGCACACCCACACACUCCUCUAUCCCAGAAGUCAUCUCUUACAGCGGACGGUCAGGCCUCAACUCCUGCCUCGGACAGCAGUGCUGACCCAAGCUCGCAGCUGACAUCAUCCGAGCCCACCGCCCCACUCGACCCCAAAACAGAGGUCGAACAGCAGGAAGAAGAGGAUGAGAAUGAGAUGGAGGAUAAGGCCUCAGGGAAAAUGGCUGCCAUGCAGACUGAGAUUAAGACUGAAGAGAAACCAGAGAAGGAGGAGCCUGCAGGCGAUGAAUGUAAGACAGAGCCAAUGGAAACAUCAACUGGGUCGACAGCCGAGGACAAAAAGCCGGAGGUCAAAACCGAACCCAAAGAGGAAGAGGCUGUGGGAACGAACAGCACUCCCGCAAACACACAAAGCAAGAAGAAAGUCUUUAAACCCGACGAGCUCCGCCAGGCUUUAAUGCCCACUCUGGAAGCUCUGUACAGACAGGACCCAGAGUCGCUGCCCUUCCGGCAGCCGGUGGACCCCCAGUUACUGGGAAUACCCGACUACUUUGAUAUAGUGAAAAACCCCAUGGACUUGUCCACUAUCAAGCGUAAGCUGGACACGGGUCAGUACCAGGAGCCCUGGCAGUACGUGGACGACGUGUGGCUGAUGUUCAAUAACGCCUGGCUGUAUAACAGGAAGACAUCACGGGUGUAUAAAUACUGCUCCAAACUGGCUGAGGUGUUUGAACAGGAAAUAGACCCCGUCAUGCAGGAGUUGGGCUACUGCUGUGGAAGGAAGUUGGAGUUUUCUCCUCAAACUCUGUGCUGCUAUGGCAAACAGCUGUGUACCAUCCCUCGAGACGCUGCGUACUUCAGUUACCAGAACAGGUACCACUUCUGUGAGAAGUGUUUCAACGAAAUCCAGGGGGAGAAUGUAUCCCUGGGGGACGAUCCAACCCAGCCUCAAACGUCCAUCAAUAAAGAUCAGUUUCAAAGGAAAAAGAAUGACACCCUCGACCCUGAACUACUAUUGGAAUGUGGUGAUUGUGGUCGAAAAAUGCAUCAGAUAUGCGCUCUGCACAAUGAGACGAUAUGGCCGUCGGGGUUUGUUUGUGACGGCUGUCUGAAAAAGGCCAGUGCAACAAGGAAGGAGAAUAAAUACACUGCAAAGAGACUUCCUCAGACAAAGCUUGGUAACUUCCUGGAGACACGAGUGAACGAGUACCUGAAGCGCCAGAGUCAUCCAGAAACCGGUGAUGUCACCAUCCGUGUGGUUCAUGUCUCUGAUAAAGUGGUGGAGGUCAAACCUGGCAUGAAGUCCAGGUUUGUUGAUAGCGGAGAGAUGUCAGAGUCAUUCCCGUACAGGACAAAAGCUCUGUUUGCAUUUGAAGAUAUUGAUGGGACAGAUGUCUGCUUCUUUGGAAUGCAUGUGCAAGAAUACGGCUCCGACUGCCCUCCACCCAAUCAAAGACGUGUGUACAUCUCCUACCUUGACAGCGUGCACUUUUUCCAACCCCGUCACCUGAGAACCGGAGUCUAUCAUGAGAUCCUGAUUGGAUACUUGGAGUAUGUUAAAAAAAUGGGGUUUGUCACUGGCCACAUCUGGGCUUGUCCUCCAAGUGAAGGUGACGACUACAUCUUCCACUGCCAUCCAUCGGAUCAGAAGAUUCCCAAACCUAAACGCCUACAAGAAUGGUACAAGAAGAUGCUUGACAAAGCAGUAGCUGAGAGAAUUAUACACGACUACAAGGACAUUUUUAAGCAGGCAACAGAGGAUCGUCUGACCAGUGCGAAGGAGCUCCCAUAUUUUGAGGGUGAUUUCUGGCCUAAUGUUUUGGAGGAGAGCAUUAAAGAGCUGGAACAGGAGGAGGAAGAACGGAAGAGAGAGGAAAACAACACCUCUAGUGAGAGCAUUGACGCUACCAGUGGUGACAGCAAGAAUGCCAAAAAAAAGAACAGCAAGAAGACUAGCAAGAACAAGAGCAGCUUGAGCCGAGCCAAUAAAAAGAAACCGGGCAUGCCAAAUGUCUCAAAUGAUCUAUCCCAGAAACUCUAUGCUACUAUGGAGAAACACAAAGAGGUUUUCUUUGUCAUCCGUCUCAUUGCUGGCCCUUCUGUCAAUUCCCUUCCACCCAUUUUGGACUAUGACCCCCUGAUGGCCUGCGAUCUGAUGGAUGGACGAGAUGCUUUCCUAACGCUUGCACGAGACAAGCACCUUGAAUUCAGCUCGUUGAGGCGGGCCAAAUGGAGCUCCAUGUGUAUGUUAGUAGAACUGCACAAUCAAAGCCAGGACCGCUUUGUCUACACGUGCAAUGAAUGCAAGCACCACGUUGAGACACGCUUUCACUGCACUGUUUGUGAGGAUUAUGAUCUCUGCAUCACUUGCUACAACAUUAAGGGCCAUGAGCACAAGAUGGAUAAACUUGGACUGGGUCUUGAUGACGAGAGCAACAACCAAGCUGCAGCCUCCACACAGAACCCUGGAGACUCGCGGCGUCUCAGCAUCCAACGCUGCAUCCAGUCACUGGUGCAUGCGUGCCAGUGUCGCAAUGCUAAUUGUUCUUUGCCAUCUUGCCAGAAGAUGAAGAGAGUAGUGCAACAUACCAAGGGCUGCAAACGCAAGACCAAUGGUGGCUGUCCCAUCUGCAAGCAACUCAUUGCACUAUGUUGCUAUCAUGCUAAGCACUGCCAGGAAAACAAGUGUCCUGUGCCCUUCUGUCUCAACAUCAAGCACAAGCUUCGUCAGCAGCAGCUGCAACACAGGCUUCAACAAGCGCAAAUGCUGCGUAGACGUAUGGCCACCAUGCAACGAGCAGGGCAGCCACCACCAUGUGGCAGUGGGCCUCCUGGAGGUCUUCCAUCCCCCGGCAAUAAUGGAGCCACAGGUCCUAGCACACCUACUUCGGUCGGUACACAACCUGCAACCCCUCAGACGCCCACACAGCUGACACCCAACCAUACGUCUCUGCCCCAGCCUGGUGUGGGUGGAGUCCCAGCUGGAGCUCCCCAGCAGCCUCCUCAGCAUCCCGUCCACCACCAGUUUCAGCAGAUGUCAGGUGCAGGCGGAAUGAUGACCUCACCGCAGCAACAAAUGGUUCCUCAACAACCUGUGGGACAACUCUCGCAUCCACACAAUCAAUAUGGUCCCCAUUCCACAGGUCCCUCCCCAAAUCCACAGUCACAGGGUAAGCCAAGCCUCGGUCCUGCAACUCCUCCUCAACUCCCCAGCAAUCCAGGCACAGCACCUAUGUCCCAGCAACAGCAACUUUCAGGUCCUCCACCUGCAGCUGUGGAGAUAGCCAUGAAGAUCCAGCAAGUGGCAGAUGCACAGCGAAAGAUGGCACAGGUUCAGAUGCUACAAAGGCAGGCUGCGCAAGCUGGCAUGAUGCCGCAGCACCAUCAGCAGCCACAGGGACAGAUGGGAGUAGCCCACCCUGGGAUUGGCAUGGUAGGGCCACAAGGAAUAGCCUCGCAGGCACAAGCAUCAGUGAACAGAGUGCAGAUGGAGCAGCAGCAAGGAUCUCAGGGAAUGAUGGUCGGAGCUGGGCCCAUGCAGCUGCAGCAGCAACCCCAACAGACAGUUGUGCAAGGCCAAAUGCCACCACAAAUGCAUCUACAGCAGCCGAGAAUGAACCCACCACUUCAGCCUCAGCAGCAACAGUGGCCGGGGCAGGGUAUGCCAACCCAGCAGAGACCUGCCAUGAUGGCUCAACCGGGAAUGGUCGCAAUGCAGCCCCCUCCGCAGCAGCAGCAACAGCAACAACCACAACAGCAACAACCACAACAAAUGCAACAACAGCAAGCACCCCAAAUGCUGAAUCGAAACGCCUUGAUGAGUAUGGUGCAGGCUGGUCUGCAGAGUGGCGUAGCAAGUGGGGCAGCAGCUGGCAAUCUGCCUCAGGGAGCCCUGCAGGAUCUUUUGCGGACCCUGCGAUCUCCAAGCUCUCCUCUACAGCAGCAGCAAGUCCUCAAUAUUCUUCGGUCUAACCCACAACUAAUGGCAGCAUUUAUCAAGCAGCGGGUUCACAAGUAUAAAGGAGGUACAGGUGGCCCCGCUGUACCACAGGGUGGGCCAGGACCUAUGGGAGGCCAGCCAGUGGGUGUCAGUACUGGGGUGUCCCAGCCUGGCAUGCACCUUGGACAGGGUGUUAACAUGCAGACUCAACUUCCUCAGCUCCAACAGCAGCAGCAAAUGCAACAGCGGCCGCUAUUGCAGCAGCAGCAGCUGCAACAGCAGCAUCAGCAGCUGCAACAGCAGCAGCAAGUUGCUGCCUUGCAGCAGCAACAACAACAGCAGCAGCAACAGCAAGGAAUUCAGGGUCAGGGGGUUCCAAACAUGGCCAACAUGAAUCCACAGUUUAGAGAUCUGGUCAUGAGAAGGCAACAGCAACUACAGUUUCAGCAGCAGCAGCAACAACAACAACAGCAACAACAACAACAACAACAACAACAACAACAAAUAAGUAAUCAUGCAGCAUUUCAACAGCAGCAAGGUUACAUGGGUCAGCAGGGUAACAUGCAAGUCCCGCCAGGUGGUCAACCGCUACAAGGUGUGCAACCUGGCCAGCAGCAGAGUUUUCCAGGCAACCCUGCACAACAGCAAGCUGCAGCUGCCUUGCAACAGAGGCUUGCACAGCAACACCAGCAACAGAUGCAACAGCAGCAGAAUGCGGCAUCGCAAGGUCCCGAUGUGGGGCACGGAGGAGGUCCACAGCCCACGCAAGGAGGUCCCAGUCUUCAGACAUCACAGGCAUUAUUGCAACAGGCCUUGCAUCAGCGUAUGCUUCAACAGCAGCAACAUCUCAGUGGCACCUCGCUGGCACAGCAGAACAACCCCAUGAGCCCGCAGCAGCAUCAGAUGUCUCAAUCGCCCCACUUGCAGGGCCAACAGCUCCCAUCCACCCUCAGCAACCAGGUCUGCUCCCCCCAGCCCUCCCCGCGACCCCAGUCCCAGCCACCUCACUCAAGUCCAUCCCCGCGCCUGCAACCACAGCCCUCGCCCCACCACAUCUCGCCUCAGACCCAAACGGGUUCUCCGCAUCCUAGCCACCUUCAGCAGCAUCACUCAGGCAUGGCUCCACCUCCUCCACCUCCCCAACAGCCACAGCACAACUCUAAGGACCCAAGUGGAUUUGGUGCAGAUCAGAACGCCAUGCUGUCUCAGCUCAGUGGCUUGGCAGGACUCCGCGGACCUGGAGCUAAUGAUAUGCUGCCCCCUAGUGGCCAGGACCUUGCCAUUAACAUGAAUAACCCUUUAGACAUCAUAUAGCUAUUAUGGAAUUCACGAAACCUCACCAGAGACAGUGUUAGAUUUUUUUUUAUACUACAAGGAUGAGUUUAGUGUUUUUCAUCAUAAAUGCUUUGAAAAUGGACCCGCCUAGAGAGAUAGCAAAUAAGUAUCGGGGGUGUUUUCUUUUUCUUUUUCUUUUUCUUUUGCCAGUUGUGUACAAAGAGAGGAUUGUUUCUCAGCCUCAGAGAACAAACCACAAGUAAUAUUUUCAACGUCAGGUCCAGG